ACGCCGCGAUCUGUUAGAGGUGGUAAGAGUGCGCGCUCAACGUUCCAUAUAUUAAAUAGUAGCGGAUGUAAACAAUUGUCAGUCAGUGUCAAAAAUCUCCUCGCAGAGGAUCCGUGUCCCUUGGUGUCUACGGCCGAAACCGAAAACUCGCCAGAGCUUCGGGAACCAUGAAGCCCCGAUGGAAUCUUGUGGUCACCCUCGGUAUAUUGCUACAAAUCGUCACUUUAGUUAGUGCUAAAGCCAUCAUCGACCAGAAAGCCGAGGAAACACACAACAGCAAUGUGCAGGAACAAACGGGCGGCGCCCAGAAGCGAAUCGGUUACGACUAUCCGGCGCCAGCCUUGCCCAUCUCUUUCGACGAGCACCACCACCAUGAGGAACCGUUGGUAGAUAAUCUGCAGGUGCAACCCCUGGUCGAUCCGCACCUGCACCACGUGGAACCGGUGAUCGAGGAACACCACCACGAGGAGCAUCAUCCCGAUCCGGGAUUCUGGAAGAAGAAGCUCAUCUGGAAGGAGGGCUGGAAGAAAAUUUGGAAACCGGGCAAAAAGCAGAUCUGGAAACCGGACUGGAAGAAGAUCUGGAAGCCCAUUUGGGUGCCAACGCAGAUCCCAGUGUGGAAGGACAUACAGGUCCCAGCCUGGAAACAAAUCUGGAAACCAGUUUGGAAGGAGAUUCAAGUUCCCGCGUGGAAAGAAAUCCAAGUGCCAGACUGGAAAAAGAUCUGGAAACCAAUUUGGGUCCCGAUAAAGGUGCCAGCCUGGAAGGACAUCCAAGUGCCGGCGUGGAAGCAAAUCUGGAAACCGGUCUGGAAGGAGAUUCAGGUCCCCGACUGGAAGGAAAUUCAAGUCCCGGCGUGGAAACAGGUUUGGUAUCCGGCGUGGGUGAAGGUAGGCAUUCCAGGCGAGAAGUUCUUGGGUAAGGAUCACGACGGAUGGGAAUACACCAGUCACGAUCUGUGGAAGAAGAAACUGGUGUGGAAAUCGGCGUGGAAGAAGAUCUGGAAAACAGAACAGAAGCAAAUUUGGCGAACGGACAAGAAGCUAGAAUGGAAGGCUGCCUGGAAGCAAAUCUGGAAGCCAGGCAAGAAGCAAAUCUGGGUGGAGGAUAAGAAACUGGCGUGGAAGGAAGCUUGGAAACAAGUGUGGCGAACUGAGAAAAAGCAGGUAUGGGUGCCAGAGAAGAAACUCGAAUGGAAGGCUGCCUGGGUUCAGAUUUGGAAGCCAAGCAAGAAAUUGAUCUGGGUUCCGGACAAGAAACUGGAAUGGAAGGAAGCCUGGAAACAGAUCUGGGUCCCCGGAUGGAAGGAAAUCUGGGUGCCAGCUUGGAAGCAAAUCUGGAAACCGGUAUGGAUUUCCGAGUGGUUCCCUUCGCCGGAUCCACAUGAGCAUCAUCACGAAAUCGAGCACGGCUGGGAUCGCAAGGACGCAGCCGGCACGAAAGUAGUUUUCAAGCGAAGUGAUCCUGCUUCCGCUCAACCAAAGGCCGUCGAGCCAGCCCCGGCGGCGGCAAACAUUACGCCAGCAGUGGUCAAAACCGAUACCACCGAGAACAAGUCGGACUUCCGGUUUCCAUAAGCUCAUCAGAACAACCCUUUAGACCUUAAGCAACCCUAGCGCUAGUACCUCUACGUACACACAAAGUCAUCUAGUAAUUAACUAGAGUUACCCCAGUAUUUAAUUAUUUUUAGCUGAAAACGUGUACAUACUACAAAGAGAAAAAGGGAGGAAAGCUAGACCUAAGUGAAUUCUAAGUUUUCGGUUUUAGCGACAAUACUCGUUUUCAUUGUUUCCCAGUGAUAAUUGUGAUUCCACGCUAAUCGAACCCCCGCCGAUCGGGAAAUGAUCGGCGGUUUUAUGAUCGCCAUCCAUUCAUCCUCUAUCUCGCCGUAAGAAUGUUACCUUUCCAUUAUGCUCACGUGAGUUAGAAUUUAAGCGUAAGAGAUUAUUGAUUAAAUAAUUGCCCGUUUUGAA